AUGUACCCAAAAGCAGGGUAAGAAUUCCGCUUCAUCUUGUAAUAAUUUCAACUUGACAUGGUUGAAUUGUUUUCUUUGUUUUCUGGGGAAGAAGGAAACAUGAUUAUUCUCCAAUAAAAUUCUUAGGUCCCAUAGAUUUUACAGAUAAAGGUCCAAGAUGGGAUCCAUUAUUAAACUUUAAUUCAUGUCAACACUUUCCUUCACCUGAAAGAAAUAUAUUCAGAUCAAUUGGUACGAAGGAUUUGAUCAAUCAAGAGAUGUGUUUAAAAAAUCAUGAUGAUUUUAUCAAUUGUUUGAAAUUUAGAGGAUGUUGGGGUGAUCAAUUUUCUUUGACUGAUGCAAAGAUUAUGAGAAAGCUCACUUUGAAUCAUCUUAGAUGGACAGAUGGUGUAACUGGUCCUAGAGAUAAAGAUUUGGAUAGGAUUGGUAUGAAUAGAUCUAAUGAAACCAUCUUGAAUUUCAUUUGACCCUUUCUAUUGAUUUUUGCUUUUGGAUCUUCUUAAUCCUUCCAUCUGUUUUUCCAUUUUUCCAUUUUCUUGCUGUUUUGUGGUUGGAGAUCUUUAUUUUAGAUUAGCAUGAGCUUUUGGUCAAUCUUUUUAUUCACUAUCUGCAUGCAGUUCUUCUUGAUAAAUUAUGGAAUUGAUUGGAAAACUACUUCAAUCUUU